AUGGAUAGCAUUAUCAAUCAUUGUUGUUCUAUUUGUCUCGGUUUGUUUUAUAACCCAGUUACUACUAAAUGUAGUCAUACAUAUUGUAAAAUGUGCUUAGAAGAGUUAGUUGAAUAUGAGUAAAAAGUUGUGUGUCCUCUCUGCAGGAAAGAAAUUAAAAAUAUUGCUAAUUUAGUUGUAGACAAACAAAAAGAACAAUAUUUAGCUUAAUAGUUUCCUACCGAAUUCGCUAAAAGAUUAGAAGAAGCUAAAAGGUAAGAAUAACUCAAGGCAAAUUCUGUAUUUUUAAUUAUAGAGUAUGGAAAUAGCCAUGAGUAUGAAUAAAAUCCAUUAUAGUCUUAAAGCAAUCCUUCUAAAUAAAACUAGCAUAGAUGGUGCUGCUUUGUAAAGUUAAGUAAUCUAGAAGGAAAAGAAUCAGAUUACAUAGAAAGAGUUGAAUUUAAACUUCAUGAAACAUUUAAAUAACCUCUUGUUAUUACCAACAAAGCCCCUUUUUAAGUUAGCCGCUUAGGUUGGGGAACAUUUUAAAUCCCUAUAAAAAUAUACUGGAAAAAUUGGUUAUAAAUCCAAUAGCCUACUGAGCUUAAUUGGAAUUUAUAAUUCAGCUAACCAGAAAAAAAAUCAAUAUUUAAAUUAAAAAUAAGUUAAGAUAUUUUAAAAAACAGACCAGUCAAUAAAUGA